AUGUGGCUACGUCAGAUGGACCUUGGCCAUGAGAUCGGUCGCGCCCUCCAGUUCCAGUAUCUAACCCCGCUCGUGUCUUUUGCUGACCAGGCCAACUGCAUUCGCAAGUGCGCCCAGCCCGCCGCCCCCCAGCAGCGCGUGGUCUACUACCAAGCUGCCCCCGCCGCUCCCGCCGCCACCGUCUACUGCAAGUCUGCCUCCGCCCCCGCUCCCUGCUACUCCUGCGGCGGCUCCAGCUGCGGAGACUCGUGCUCCCAGUCCGGCGCCUCCGAGCAGAUCAUCGAGGUGACCGAGACCAAGGCUGUCCCCGCCCAGCAGUCGGGCUGCAACACCUGCGGCAGCUCUAGCUGCGGCAACUCCUGCGCCCAGCCCGCCUGCAACACCUGUGGCACCAACUGCGGCAACACCUGCGCCCAGCCCGCCUGCAACACCUGCGGCACCAACUGCGGCAACACCUGCGCCCAGCCCGCCUGCAACACAUGCGGCACCAACUGUGGCAACACCUGCUCCCAGGCCCCCGCUCAGGCCGCCUGCUACACCUGUGGUAGCAGCAGCUGCGACAACUCCUGCUCCCAGCCCGCCUGCAACACCUGCGGCACCAACUGUGGCAACACCUGCUCCCAGGCUGCCGCUCCCGCCGUAGCCGUGUACUACAAGGCAGCCUCCGGCUCCCAGUCCUGUAACAGCUGUGGCAGCAACAGCUGCG